AUGUCAUCCGGAGUUACUGGUUGUACUCAAGUUGCUUCAAAGAGUGUAGAGGGUCGCAUGGAGGCUCAAGUACAGCUCAUGAAGAGUCAAAUUAACUACUUGCAUGAUGCUUUGGCCGAGGUGAAAGAGGCAAACCGAGACUUGUCCCAAUUGCUUUCAAAUCAACAAGAUAAAGCUAUGAAUGGUAGAUCCAUUCAAUCUUACUUUGAGGAGUUAGAAGGCUUGUUUCUUUGUUCGGGUGUGGAUGAGAAUGACUACAUGUUGACAAAUCGUUUCCACUAUGGCUUGGACAAGGGGUUCAAACAACACCCAAAGAUAAGGAGGCAAUCAAGGCUCUAUGAGGCAUAUUACGCUGCCUUAGAAGUGGAGAGAGAGCAUGAUACUUCUUGUGGUUGGAAUGGUCCAAUUGAGGAUCAAGGGUUGGUGUUUGGCGCUGAAGAUGGUGAUCAACGGACAUGUAUCUUCCGUACUAAGUGUUCGGUUGGGUGGUCCAAUGAAGUUGAUUUGGUAAUCGACGAGGUUGAUGAUUCGAGGACGAAUCCUCUUAAAGAAGGAGGGGAUGAUGAGAAUCAUAUAGCCUUCCAUGGUGAUUCUCCUAGUGAGUGUAAUGAGCUAGUCCUUCAUUCUAGUUUUGGAAUGCCAAGUUUACUUUGCAGGCCAAUCAAGGAAGAAAGGAUGGAUCUUAACUACCUAUGUGAUAGGGAGUUGGUUCAAGAGAGCUAUGAUCAAGAUGAUGAGAAUGUCAUUAACUUUGGGGUACAAACCAAAGGAGAUGAUGACCUCAUGGAAAUAAGUGCUCAAGAGUAUCAAGGGAGUUUGACUCUAGAGGAUAAUGCACUAAUCUAUACCUCUCCACCACCCUGGAGAUGCAAGACGCCAUCCUCCAAGGGGGAAGGGUUGUCUUUACCAUCAUUAGCCGUAGCGCCUGCACCUUCAUCCUGGCCUUCCACCGUCUCUAGCUUCCCACUCAGCGACCCACUGCUGGAGGACGAGCUCUCAUCAUCUGAGGCAUCGUUGGGCGACAUGGGGGGAGUUGCGAUCCCAGGGGGUGCAUGUCAAACAGAGGAUUGGGGUCACAUUCAAGAUCCAGGAUGCCUUGCGGGGAGUCCACGGUCGCGUACACCUCCCGGAUCGCCUGCAUCAUGGGAGAGAGUCAACAUCCACGUCGCGAAUAAACACGCGAGCGUCCCUGGCUACCUUGGCCAUCAGCAGACUCUUAGACGAGUAAUCCUCCCAGAACGGAGGCACUCUUUCCCGGACAAAGAUAAAGUCCUCGCCAUCUGA